AGGAGGAGCAGCAACUUCCGGUCCAGACUCCCAUCUCAUCCCCCUCCCUUCCCCCACCCCAUCUCAUCCCACCCCAGCAAAGGAGAACUGGGGUGUCAUAUUUUGCACGUAGAGCAACAUCUCGGCUUUUUAGGGCUUCGUAGAGAUGUUUGCCUGUGGAACCCUUCCUUGAAGAGAGGGAACGUCACAACAAGGAGGGGAGCUUUAUCUUGGAAGCAGCCUUAGAGUGAACGAAGAUGGAAGAGCCAGACUCAUUUGCUCCAGCAACAAGGAGGCCUGUGUUAAUCGAGUCUCAGCGUGGCGAGGACUGGUGGAAAGAAGAAUCUGGCCAGGAUUUCCUGGGUGAGGAGGAAAACAGCCCCGAUGCACAGCGCCAGCAUUUCAGGCGGUUCGGCUACCAGGAGGCCAUGGGUCCCCGAGAGGUCUGCACCCGACUCUACAGCCUUUGCUGUCAGUGGCUCAAGCCCAGAAAGCACACCAAGGCUCAGAUCCUGGACCUAGUGAUCCUGGAGCAGUUCCUGGCUAUCCUGCCCCCAGAGAUGAAGAACUGGGUCCGGGAGUGUGGGGCAGAGACCACUGCCCAGGCGGUGGCCUUGGCCGAAGGUUUCCUUCUGAGCCUGGCAGAGGAGAAGAAGCAGGAAGAGCAGCAGAUGGAGGACCGGGCAGAAGCAGCCCGCGAUUCCCCGAAGACAGAGAAGGUUACACUCCGCCCAACCCAGGGGCUGCUGUUCCGAUGGAUCGUGCAGGCGAGGGAAGGAGGAGCAGCCUCGUCAGGUGAUGAAAUCAUUUCAGUGCCUCAUCCCAAGUCAUCUUCUCUGCAUGAUGGAGCAGGAACAGUUGCCGAAGAGCUGCUGGAUCAGGAUGCGGUGGUGCCUUUUGAAGAGGUGACCGUGCGUUUCAGCAAGGAGGAGCGGGCCCUGAUGGAUCCAGGCCAGAAGGCUCUGCACAGGGAGGUCAUGGAGGAGAAUUAUGGGAUGGUGGCCUCUCUUGGUGAUGGCAGGGAAAGCAGUAAAGGGAGUGAACAACAGAUGAGGGAAACUGAAGCAAAACACAAGUGGAAUAAAUCCGUUUCUUCAAGAGAAAUGGAUCCCCUUGAAAUUCCAAACCCACAAGAACACUGCAGGUGGACCAAAAUGGAUCAGACUCUUCUGUCUGCGGAAAAUGUAACUAAGAGAACAAGCAUGAACAUAUACAAAGCUGUUCAGGCCGAGGAGAAGCCUUAUAAAUGCUCCGAAUGUGGAAAGAGCUUCUGGUGGACCUCUCACCUUUGUUCACAUCAGAGAAUUCACACGGGAGAAAAACCUUACAAGUGCGCCGUUUGUGGAAAGAGCUUCAGUAUGAUCGGGAACCUUACACAACACCAGGUCAUUCACACGGGAGAGAAACCACACAAAUGCUCCACCUGCGGCAAAAGGUUUUGUAAGAUUGGAAACCUUACACAACACCAAAUAACUCAUAUGGGAGAAAAACCACAUGAAUGCCUCGUGUGUAGGAAAAGUUUUAGUAACAUUGAGAACCUGGCCCAACACCAGAUUAUUCAUACAGGAGAAAAACCGCACAAAUGCUCAGUGUGUGGGAGGAGCUUCAGGCACCGCACACACCUUUGUUCCCAUCAAAGGACCCAUACGGGGGAGAAACCACACAAAUGCGCCACGUGUGGGAAAAGCUUCAGUAUGGUCGGAAACCUCACGCAACAUCAAAUCAUUCAUACAGGAGAGAAACCCUACCAGUGCCCCACGUGUGGCAAAAGCUUCAGUCGGAUCAGUAACCUAACACAACAUCAAAUAAUUCAUACCGAGGAGAAACCCUACAAAUGCUUUAUGUGUGGGAAAAGCUUCAACCGCCGCACAAACCUUACUUACCACCAGAGAAUCCACACAAGGGAGAAAGCUGUGGAUUCCAUAAUUAUGGGGAGUAUGAUACAAUAUGCUGAACAAAGACACCUCUUUCUGUUGAAGGAGCCAUGUUCAGAAGAUAAAUAGUAAGAUUAUAAUGUAUAAACAACUCUAUUUUUUGCAAAUUCGGCCCUCCAAUAUACAUAGUUUGGUUUUGGAUUUAAGGACUUUAGAACCGGCCGGGCAGAGUGAACCAGUCUCCUCAGGUCACAGAUGUCAGGGACAAAUUCCACCUCACAACUUUUCCCUCUGUUGAACAACAACUGCUUGUGUCACACAGCCUGUGCUUCAUACACCCCGUCAAGCCUGAGGAACCCUGUUCCAUUGCUGCUGUUGAAAUAAGACUCAACAGGCAGCCCAGCUGGCUUAUAUACAGGAAGGUGAAGAAGGGGGCCAUCUUGUCUUUUGCCUCAGGAGGUAAAAUAUUCUUGGCCAGCCAAAGCAAUUUGGGAAUUUUUUUUUAUAAUGCCUGGCAACUGAUGAAUAAUUACUUCUGUUUUAGAUAGAUUGGCUAUGGUUAGCAUAUUUUAACGUACUGAUUGUUUUUUUUUUUAAGUGU